CAUCACUGCCUUCUCUAGCUGGCUAGUGCUUCGUCGUCGUCGUCUCCUGCACGCGGCUAGCUGCAGCCUGCAGCUCGAUCCCGUGCAAAGUGAUAGCUAGCUCUCAUGGCCUCGCUUGGCAAGCUCGUCCUCGUCGCCGGCCUGGCCUUCCUGGUGCUGGCUAGCCAGGAUCAGGGCCAUGGAGGGCCAGCCGGCGGCGGGGGCCCGGCCAUUGGAGCAGCAGCUGCUGCUGCUCCUCCAGCGCCGGAGGUUUUAAUCACCACCCAGCUUCCGCAACCGUUGUCCGCGGCGGUGGCGGUGAGCAAGCGGGUCCUCAUCCCUAUCCCUACGUCCGGGCCGUCCAACAAGAGGAACUCCGAGGUGAACCACGAGAAGCCGUCGGCGGCGGCGCAGUCGGGCGGCCGCCGCCGCACCCGCGCCAUGGACGGCGGCCGCCGCCUCGGGUCCCCGUGACGCGGCCGGUGGGUUCUUGGGAGAGCGUGCAUGCCUUGAGGGCAGCAGAGAUCUCAAGGCUCACAUAGUGUGUGUGUCUGCUUCGUUCACUAGAAAGAAAUUUGCGCAGAUUUCAUGGAGUACUAGUAUUAUUGUGAUCAUUAGUUUCUCGUCGAUUUCGAGUGUGCAUGAGUUGUCUGUAAGAUCUGCCAAUGUUUCUUUCUGGUGUAAUAAUACAUUCUGAAGCUAAGA